AAGAGGAAAACAAUUGCACUUUAAAAUCUGCAGUAUGCGCUAAUUCUACUAAUAGGAUCCAGCAUUGUGUUUGCUCCAACAACAACAACAUGUGGACGAUCCCGAAGCCGAAAUACAGGAGGUGCGAGGAUGAGCCUGAGAUCACCGUGAACAUCGGCGGGGUCCGAGUGGUGCUUUUUGGGGAUGUUCUCAAUCGUUACCCGGAGAGCAGACUGGCCGAGUUGGUGAACUGCUCCUCGGCGCACAACGACGAACUUAUUUCCUCUCUUUGUGACGACUUUGACCCCAGCAGGAAGGAGUUUUACUUCGACCGAGAUCCAGAUGCCUUCAAGUGCAUCAUGGAUGUUUACUACUUGGAUGAAAUCCACAUAAAACGCGGCAUUUGCCCCAUUUGUUUCAUCAAGGAGAUGGAAUUCUGGAAAAUCGACCAGAGUGUUUUGGAUGACUGCUGUAAAAGUUACCUGAGCGAGAAAGAGGGCGAGCUGAAGGACAUCGCCGGCAAAGUGAAGGUGAUUUUGGAGGAUCUGGAGGAGGACCAGAACGCUUCUGGCACCCAGCAGUGUCAGAGGGUCCUCUGGAGGCUCAUGGAGAAGCCUGGUUCCUCCUUCCCGGCGCGCGUAAUUGCUAUCGCGUCCUUCCUCUCCAUCCUGGUGUCGGCGGUGGUGAUGUGCGUGGGAACCAUCCCGGAGUUGCAGGUGUCAGACGCCGAGGGGAAGCUGGUGGAACACCCGACUUUGGAGGCGAUAGAGACCGCCUGCAUGAUGUGGUUCACGGCAGAGUACCUGCUGCGCCUCGCCUCCUCGCCCAAUAAGUUGCACUUUGCGCUCUCUUUCAUGAACAUCGUCGACUUCAUGGCCAUCAUGCCUUUCUACGUGGUGCUCAGUCUGACGUACCUCGGCACCUUCUCCAUGAUGGAGCUGGCCAACGUUCAGCAGGCGGUGCAGGCGCUGCGCAUCAUGCGCAUAGCGCGCAUCUUCAAGUUGGCGCGCCACUCGUCAGGACUCCAGACACUCACCUACGCCCUCAAGAGGAGCCUCAAGGAGCUGGGGCUGCUCCUCAUGUACAUGGGCGUGGGGAUUUUUGUCUUCGCCGCUCUGGGCUACACUAUGGAGCAAAGUCACCCCAAGACUCUCUUCAGGAGCAUUCCACAAUCCUUCUGGUGGGCCAUCAUCACCAUGACCACGGUGGGAUACGGAGACAUCUACCCCAAAACCACUCUGGGCAAGUGUAACGCAGCCCUGAGUUUCCUGUGUGGAGUCAUAGCCAUCGCCUUACCAAUACACCCCAUCAUUAACAACUUUGUGGUGUUUUACAACAAGCAGAAGGUGCUGGAGACUGCAGCAAAGCAUGAAGUGGAGCUGAUGGAGCUUAAGUCUGGUGGGGACAUCCAGCGCAGAAAAGACAGCGAUAAUGACGACACAUAGAAGGCACAAAGUGUGUGUUUAAACAAUUCAGAGUGUCUAUAAUGUAUGCAUAUCAUGGUAAAAAAAAAAAGGGGGACUCAUUCAUUCAUGUAGACAAAUACAAUGCAUCCCACCCGACAUCCUCAUUUGUUUAUACUGAUGGCAUGGCUUGUGCAACAUUUUGAACAGAAUGGAGAAUUCCAAAGCAGUCCCACAAAUAUGAAUUUAAUCUGAAUUAAGAUUGCAACAGGAAGUACAAUUGCAAUUAAAAUGAAAGAAAAUAGAAUUGAAAUGAUGCGAAAUUCCAAUUAAAAAUGUUGGCUUCAUAGGAAUAUUAUUUUAUGAACCGCGUGUAUAGGGUGUCCCUAUUUGAUAUUGCUAUCAGAUAUCGUUCGGAUAUCAGCAAAAAAACAAGUAUCGGCUUGCAUGUACAAUCGCUACAAUAAGCUCCUAUACAAGCAGUUACUUGUGCAAAGCAGUUAACAUCUAAAUGUCCUCCAAUAAGCACUCAAGGUUGGUCCUUUCUUGGAUUUUAGUGAAGUCAUCAACAAAAGGUAAACAUGGUAGGCUAUAGGCUACAAGGAGCUAACAGCUACACAACAGCUAAGCACACAAGUUAGACAUACAUUAUAAGGGUCCUUAAUAGAACAAUAUUGCAGUCCAAUACAAACAAGUAUCAUAUAAUUAUAGUUGCAUAUUACUUACACAUACAGUAUCCAGUAACAAACGUGUCCGCAUCAUUCAAUUUACUGCAUCGUGAGCUUAAUUUAUUGAAUUAACGUGUCCACCAUGUGUCGCCAAAAACAUGUUACCACACUCCUUUAAUUCAAAACAGUCAUAGGGUUAGUGUUUUUCAUACCCACCGUUGUUCUCUGAGUAAUUUCACUUGAUCUAACAUUUUCUAAAUAUUUCACACCAGUAUGUACUAUGAUUUGUGCUGUUAUUGAUCGGAUUAAUAUCGGUAUCGGUAAAUACUUAAGGCUCCAAUAAUGUAUCGAAAGUGAAAAAGUUAUAUCGGGACAGCCUUAAUCUAAUGUGGACUUUAUAUGUUCAGUUUCUUACAUUCAGACAAGUUUUAGGUACAAUAUGCUGUAAUAGAUUGAGUUUUUGUUUACCUUAUACAGCAAAAGUUUUUCAGUAAACAAUUAAGAAUUUCUAUAAAACAGAUCAUUUAGUCUGAUGUAUUAUAAAUGGUGCUAAUAAUUUUUUCAAUCAGAUAAAUUUUUAGCUAUUGAAUUUUGAUAAAUCGUGACGAUUACAGUAAAUUGCUUGCUUGCAUAAUUUUAAUUAACUUAAAAAAAGACCUCCAUAUUUUGACACAAAUGUAAUUUUAUUGUCAGAAUGUCAUAUGUUUUUCCAAUUGAAUGCACGUAAUUUAUUUGCUCAAAACCUGGUAACAGUAUUAUUUUCAGUCGGGAUGUAUUUUGAAGCAAAAUUUGCCAGCAAGCACACCAGUCGGAGCACUAGCGUAUGCAUUGACAUGAUCACUGACCGUAUAACAUCCCACACCGCCUUUCUGGUGACCACCCGUGGUUAAGUAAAGGAGCGUGUGAGGUCAAAACACAUUUUGUGAUUAAUCUGCAUUUAUACAGUCCAUGAAUAAUUCAAUAAUUGUUUGUGAUUAAUCACAUGCAUUAAAGCGUUGAAUUCACCAUCUUUACUUAGGACUUCCAAAUUGUGGAAAAGUACUUCCAUUUCCUAGAGCUCUUUACUGUAUCCAAGUAUUAAAAUUUGUCCAGGGUGUACCCCGCCUUCCGCCCGAUUGUAGCUGAGAUAGGCUCCAGCGCCCCCCGCGACCCCAAAAGGGAAUAAGCGGUAGAAAAUGGAUGGAUGGAUGGAUGGAAAUUAAGCCAAAAAUGUGAAACACAUGAUAAUUAUAUAUGAAUAAAUUAUUACUUGUAUGCAAGACAUUUCUUUGAAUUGCAACAAACUUGAGUUAAUUCCCAUUCCUGUAAUUCCAUCUCAGCAUAAUGUGGGGUGGAAGCAAAUUCAAUUUCCAGUUCUUCAAAUGAAUUGCAGGUUGGCAUCCAAAAACAAGGAAACAUAUUUAAACACAUGGCGAGAUCCGGGAUGCAGUGGAGGCCUAAACACAAUAUCUCAAUGCUCACCUGAGUGGACAGAGAAGCCAAAUAUGGAUGCCAGUUUGUUUCCACAAGCCACAUCGUUUCUUCUGUGAAAACCAGUUAAAAAAAAAAAAACUGAAACGCAUGCCUUCUCCACCUCGCCGCCAUGGGAACGGAGGCAGAUAUGGCGCCUGUAGCGAUACAUCAAGAUAAUAAAAACACUUUAAUGAUCAUUGUCACUUAGUUUGACGCUGAAUUUAACUGGUAUAUACCCAAAUAAUGUGCAUAGAGUAUGACCCCCAUAUUUGUUGUACACAAACUAAAAAGGAAAAUAGAGAUUGUUUUUUGUAUUUUUGCGUUAUUUUUUGUGAGUAUAUUGAUCAGGAUGGCUCCUGUGUGUUUGGUCAUAUGUUUGUGUUUUCCUAUGUUUGGAUCCAGUCUUGCACGCUUAUUUUUCAGUUCCACUUCCGGUUAUCUUUGUCUUGCAGCGCCUUUACUUUGCCAGUGCACCUGUUCUCGUUUGUCUAAUCAGGUCUAUUUAGUUUCAGCUGUUGCAGCUUGCUGGCUCAUUACUUUGUAGUCUGUUAAGUGUGCUUGUGGUCUUGUGGCUUUCCCUUUGCUUUCGGCGCACUUCCCAGCUGCACAAAAGCUGUUGCUUUGUAUAUUAAAUACAAUUUAACCUGCACAUCGUUUGCUGUUCUCUGCAUCUUGGGAUCACGUCGCAUGCAACACUUAAAUAUUAGUUGAACAGAAUAAAUGUUAAUAAAUGUUGCUAGUAAAGGUAAAUUAGCACAAGCGAUAUAGAAAACAGAUGUAUGAAUACCUGUAUGAAUUAAAGUGAUACGCAGGGGUAUCCAAAGUGAGGCCUGAGGGGCAUUUGCAAAUAGUUUUUUAUUGGCCUGCAACACACUGGAGAAAGUAAAUUAAAUGGGUAACAGCCCCAGCAAAAAUGGGGAAAAACAGAGCAAAAAGGCACAAUGACAAAAAGAUUAAAUGUAACUAAUUAAAACAGAAUGCUUUGUCGUUAAAUAUUUGGAAUUUAACAAAACAAAAUAAACUAUGGUAACACUUUAGUAUGGGGAACAUAUAUGUUAAUAAGCAACUAAUUAACGGUGAAUAUGUUCCCCAUAAUAAAGUGUUACCAACAUUUGUAGUUUUGUGUUUUGUUAGUUAACCCCAACCCCAACCCUAACCCUAACCCUAACCCUAAACCCUAACCCUUAAUAAGUACGUAAUAAUGACUAAUUAAGAGCCAAUAUGUUACUAAUUUGCAUGUUAAUACGCAACUAGUUAAUGGUGAAUGUGUUCCCCAUACUAAAGUGUUACCGAAACUACAUAUAUAUGUAUAUAUCUGCAAUUAGGUAGCAACUUGUCCAGGGUGUACACCACCUUCCGCCCGAGUGCAGCUGGGAUAGGCUCAAGCACCCCCGCUACCCCCGAGAGGGACAAGCGGUAGAAAAUGGA